AUAUAAACAAAGUAGUGCAAAUAGUGCGUGUGAUAUUCGAAGUAAUAUCAAAUACCGUACAUUGAUUCAUUUACAACCGUUGUCCGCUUCACGGGAAGAAGACAAACAGACAAACAAAAACAACAACGAAAACAAUAUUAACAACAAAGCUAGAGCCACAACCCCAAGGAGAUUGAGAUUCGCAACGCAAUCAAAAAAAAAAAUUCCAUACAACGGAAAAUAACAUACGCUGCGUGAAAGAGAGGGACUUGUCAAGGGAAGGGGGCCGCGCGCAUAGCCCAAAGGUGGUUAACAGCAGCAGCAGCAGAAAACAACAACAGCAACAACAACGCAGCAGCAACAACAACAACAAUAACACGACUAUCGAGACCUUGAGAACUUUAAAGAAAUAGCAACAAAAAAGCUCGAAAAAAUAUUAACAAAAAACGCAAACAGAGCUGAGCGCAGAGAGGCAGGCAACCACAUCGGCCGCCAAGUUAUGGAGAGUGACAAUUUCCCGCAGCGCGCCAAUUAAUAAUAAUAUUAAUAAACCAAAAACCAAAAAAUACGAAAAAAAAAAAGAAAUAAUAACAAAAACAAAUGCAUGGAGAAAGGAGAACUCGGAAGUUGUGAAAACAAGUAAACUGCCGCCGGAAACCCGUCCAGCACCCCACCCCACCCUUCACGCACACAGACACACACACACACUGAGACACACACACACAUACACAUACACAAGCAGCAGCACAAUGGCAGCGGUAGUUGCGGCAAAAGCAAACGGCGGCAGCGGCAACGGCUGCGUCGCAAUUAUGACAGCAGUCGAUGCGGAGAACGGAGACGCCAGCUGCGCAUCGAACGGACGCGAGGCGCGCAAUCUUGCCGAGAAGCAGCGACGGGACAAGCUGAAUGCCAGCAUACAGGAGCUGGCCACAAUGGUGCCGCAUGCGGCGGAGUCAACGCGACGAUUGGACAAAACAGCCGUGCUACGCUUUGCAACGCACGGCCUGCGGCUGCAGUACGUCUUUGGCAAGUCGGCGACGCGACAUCGCCGCAGGCUGAAUGUGAAAACCGUUGGCGGUGGCAGCGCUGGCAACGUUGCCAUUGGCCCCAGCAUCGCUGAUGGUGUUGGUAGUCAUAAUAAUAAUAAUAAUAACAACAACAACGGUGGCAUCGCUGGCGAUACGCCGCAAUUGACGGAAACGUUGAUGCAGUUACUCGACAGCUUCUUCAUCACGCUCACCUGCAAUGGGCAGAUAGUGCUCAUCUCGGGCAGCGUCGAACAGCUACUGGGCCACUGCCAAUCGGACUUGUAUGGACAGAAUCUGCUCCAGAUAACCCAUCCCGAUGAUCAGGCGCUAUUGCGCCAACAGCUAAUACCACGUGACAUCGAGACGCUCUUCUAUCAUCAGCGACGCCAACAACAACACUCGCAUUCCCACUCCCACUCGCAUUCGCAUUCGAAAUCGCAUUCAACGUCGGCCAGCGAGGAUGAUGACGAUGAAUCGGAUAUGCUCGAACCGGAACAGGAACCGGAACAGGAUCAGAUUCAGGAUCAUGAGCACGAUCAAGAUCACGAUGAUGAGGAUGUGGAACGGGCGCGCAUACGCACGCCCAGUCCGCGUACGAUCGCCCAUUUGGCGGACAUCGAUGAGCGUCUACGCAGCGAUCGACGCUGUUUCACUGUGCGCUUGGCGCGUGCCUCAACGCGUGCCGAGGCAACCCGUCACUUUGAGAUGGUCAAAAUUGAUGGAUGCUUUCGGCGCAGUGACUCGUCGGUGACGGGUGGUGCGGCCGCCAAUUUUCCAAUCGUAUCCCAGCUGAUAAGGCGAUCGCGCAACAACAACAUGUUCGCUGCCGCAGCAGCUGCAGCAGCUGCCGCAGCAACAGCAACAGCAACGACAGAAACAACAGCAACAACAACAACAACAUUAACAUCGCCUGCCUGCAUACCGCAACACGAUGCGAUCGCACAGGCGGCACUGCAUGGCAUCAGUGGCAAUGAUAUCGUCCUCGUGGCAAUGGCACGCAUCAUCCGCGAAGAUUCCACCUGCCUGAGCCUAAUGUGCCGCCAACCGGAGCCGUAUCAACUGGAAUACCAAACGCGGCAUCUCAUCGACGGCAGCAUCAUUGACUGUGAUCAGCGCAUCGGCAUCGUCGCCGGCUACAUGAAGGAUGAGGUGCGCAACUUGAGUCCGUUCAGUUUUAUGCAUUUGGAUGAUGUGCGCUGGGUAAUUGUCGCCCUGAGGCAGAUGUAUGACUGCAACAGUGACUAUGGCGAGAGCUGCUAUCGUUUGCUAUCGCGCAAUGGCCACUUUAUAUACCUGCAAUCGAAGGGAUUUCUGGAGAUUGACAAGAGCAGCAACAAGGUGCACUCGUUUCUGUGCGUCAAUACGCUGCUGGACGAGCAGGCUGGCAAGCGCAAGGUGCAGGAGAUGAAGAACAAGUUCUCCACAAUAAUCAAGGCCGACAUACCCACGCAUACCAGUCCCGAUCUGCCCGCAUCCAGGGCGCCACAGCAGCUGGAGCGCAUUGUGCUCUAUCUGAUUGAAAAUCUGCAAAAGAGGGCAAACGGCAACGGCGGUGGCGGCGGCGGCGGCGGGGAUGCUGCGACAAAUGGUGGCGAUGCCAACAUGGAAGCUAUUGAUGAUGCCUGCUGCAGUUCGCCGGCAUCGAGCAGCAACACACCGACACUGGACGAGCAGGCGCCAUCGCCCGCCCCGUUGGCACUGGUGCCACCGGCACCAGGUCACGUCAAGCACUCAAUAUCCAAGUCGGUCAAUGUGGUAAAUGUGACCUCAGCGCGUAAUCUUCAAUACCAGCAGCAACAGCAGCAACAACAGCAGCAGCAACAGCAGAAGCAGCGAGAGCUGGAGCAGCGCGAACGCAGCGGGAACGUGCCCAAUGGUGGCGUUAUACGCCAGUUGAGUUGCUGUCUAAGCGAGAGCUCCACAUUGUCGCCGGCGAGUGCGAGCAGCUCGGAGCUGCCGGACGAUGCCAAUAGCAAUACAUCACCGCCACCGGCAGCGCUUGCGCCUGCGCCGGCAAUAUCACGUACCAGUGUUCUUCAGAGGCUAAUGACAUCGACGCCGCGAAAGGUAGCAGCAUCACGAGCAGCGGCAGCAGCAGCAGCAUCAGCAGCUGCGGCAGCAGCAGCAUCAGCAAAAGCGGACACAGUUGAGCCACCGACCCAGCUGCAGGCAGCACUGUCGAAUACGCUGCGCAGCCUGGGCACCCAGCUGGUGACAAUGGGCGAGGAGGCGCAGACGCUGUACGAGCAGCAGCAACAGCAGCGCAACGCACUGUUGCCCAAGUUUGGGCGGCAAAUGGAUGCCAUAAUGUUGGAGCAUAAAAUGCAGAAGCAGCUGUUGGUCAACAUUAAGAGCGAGUACGAUGCGGCCGCAGCAACGGAAAUUGAAACGGAAACGGUAACGGUAAAGAGAACGAGAACGGAAAUGCCAGUACCACAUCAGACGGUUUCAGUGAUAACCAAACAGACGAAAACAUCCAGUGAGAGGAGCACCAGCAUCACGAACAGCAGCAGCAGCAACUGCAGCAGCAGCAACAGUAGCAGCAGCACCAGUAGCAGCAGCAGAAGCAGCAGUAAAUAGUGGGCAUUCAAUGCUCGUGUUGUAAAAUGCGCGAAUGAAGUCAACAUUAGCUUAGAAGUCGAAUUAGCUGCAAUGUUUAUUUAUUUAGUCUAAAUAGCUCAGUAUUCAGUGCACGGCUGAAGCUUUGGCUCCCCCAUCACCAAUAACACCACCCUCCCCCCCUCAAAAAAAAAAAAAAAACAGAAAGAAAAACAAAGUUGAAAACACCGUAAGACCCAGUGCGAUCAGAGUACAAAAUCAUAUAUUGUUUUAAGUAAAUCUACUCAUUAAAUUUUAACAGGUUUUAACAUUUUGCAAAAUUACUGCGAAACGAUAGAAAUGAUAGAGCAACAACGAAACUGAAAACGGAAAUAGAGAGAUAGAGAGAGAAGAGAGAUCCUUAACUUUAAUGUAUUAUAAUACAACACACACACACACACACAGCUGUAUGCGUCGUUCUGCAACACUGUUGUACAACCCUGGAAAACUUGUCAAAACUUAUAAAACGCUCGACUGAACAAUAAUCAAUAGCCGGAUCUGUUGUAGCGAUAAUGCAAUGAUUAUGCCACACAUUUAAUACUCAAUUAUCUAAUACAGAAUAUCAGUAAAUGAACUUAACCUCCCAAAAAAACAAAAAAACAACUCCCACCAUCCACCAUCCCAGCCAGGAGGAACUAGAGUGUUUGUUUUGCUGAGCACUGAGCUAUAGGAUAAACAGUUAACUUUUUAUCUCUAUAUAUUGAGAUAUAUGUUUGAUUUUUUUAGAUGUAUUUUUUUUUUAUAUUUUUUUUGUGGAAAUCAUUGCCUUUAUUUUAUAUCUCCACCAUGUUUGUUCAAUCUGGUUUAAUUUUUGGCUUUAAGCUUGAGCUGUCCUUCCCCAGCCCACCCUCCCUCCAUCCGUCAUCCGCCGUCCCCUUCCCUCUCCACCCCUUCCCAGGCACCCACAGCACAGUUGCUCGGGCGAAAAUUGUUUUGUGCUCGACUCGAUACGGUCAUGUCCAUGUUUCCGUUUGCCUUAUCAGUUAGCACCUUUUGUUUAAUAGCAAAAUUUUUUGUGUAGCUAUUAUUAACGACAAAUAUUAUUAUUAUUUUAUUUGAUAGAUU